ACUGAAGAACCCUAAAACUCUGAUAGAAAUAAUCUUCCCUUCUCUUCCUUCGUCUUCAUCAUCUUCAUAUUCAUCAGUUCUUACCCAAUAAGAGCAACGCGGGUGCAGGGAGGCUCAUAAUUUUUGUGUUUUGUUUUUUGCUUGUAGAUUUAACUGUAUCGAAGCUUGUCGAACUCUUCUUCCUCACUGGAAAGGAAGAAACUGUACCUUACAGUCUUGGCCGUUGCAUUGUGAUAUCAUAUACACAAUCUGAACAACUAUAGUCAUCUGUCAACACCAUGGCUGGAGUGCUCUCUGGAGAUGUCUCUCAUCAUGGAACUUAUCAAGGGAGUUCUCAAAGACACACUCCAGAGAAGCAAGAGGAUGGUUCUCGUUGGUACUUUGCUAGGAAGGAGAUUGAAGAAAAUUCACCAUCUAAGAAAGAUGGCAUAGAUUUGAAGAAAGAAACUUACUUGCGCAAGUCAUAUUGUACUUUUCUGCAAGAUUUAGGCAUGAGACUUAAAGUACCUCAGGUAACCAUUGCCACAGCAAUUAUUUUUUGUCACAGAUUCUUCCUUCGUCAAUCCCAUGCAAAGAAUGAUAGGAGGACUAUUGCAACAGUAUGCAUGUUUCUUGCUGGGAAGGUUGAGGAAACUCCUCGACCUCUAAAGGAUGUAAUUCUUGUUUCAUAUGAAAUUGUACAUAAGAAGGAUCCUGCAGCGGUUCAGAGAAUCAAACAAAAGGAGGUAUAUGAACAGCAGAAGGAAUUAAUCUUACUAGGAGAGAGGGUUGUUCUUGCAACCCUUGGUUUUGAUCUUAAUGUGCACCAUCCUUACAAACCACUUGUUGAAGCAAUAAAGAAAUUCAAAGUUGCUCAAAACGCCCUUGCACAAGUUGCCUGGAAUUUUGUGAAUGAUGGACUUCGGACAUCUCUGUGUUUGCAAUUUAUGCCCCAUCACAUUGCAGCUGGAGCCAUAUUCCUUGCUGCCAAGUUCCUCAAGGUGAAGCUUCCAUCAGAUGGUGAGAAGGUUUGGUGGCAAGAGUUUGAUGUCACCCCACGCCAAUUGGAGGAAGUUAGUAAUCAAAUGUUGGAGCUUUAUGAACAAAACCGACUGCCACCAUCCAAUGAUGCUGAAGGAGCUGCAGGCAGUGGGGCUACUAACCGGCCACCUGCAAAAGGUCCAACCAGCAAUGAUGAGACUGCUACCACAAACAGCAAUUCCCAGACUGGUCCCAUGAGUUCAAAAAUUGAAACCUCAAAAUCUGCAGCUUCUAAGGCGCUUCCUGAGUCAUCUGCUACUAAUCAUGUUGGGCGCCCUUUGUCCAACCACAAUAGAGGUGGUGAUUAUGGAAGCUCAGAAAUGAAACAUAGGGCUGAAGAUGAAGCUAAACACAAUCAGCAUCCUGAAUGGGAACAUCCUGUCUAUAGGGAAAACUCGCAGGAACCUGCAGACAAAUCCCGUUCUGGUUAUGGUGAAGAGCAAGAAAGCAAUGCUGGGAGAAGUGAAAUGAAGGAAUCUGGUGAAUUUAAAGAUAAACAUACAAGCAGAAACCUAGAUCACAGAGAUGGUACAUCUGGCCGGCCACCUCAGGAGGCCAUGAAGAAAAUUGAUAGAGACAAGGUAAAAGCUGCACUAGAGAAACGGAGGAAAGCAUCUAGUCAGGUAACUAAAAAAACAGAAUUCAUGGAUGAUGAUGAUCUCAUCGAAAGAGAACUGGAAGAUGGGAUUGAACUGGCUUCCCAGAAUGAGAAGAACAAGCAGGAUAGGAGGCAAAGCUGGUCUAAGUCAUCUGAUAAAUCAGAUCAUGAGACCAUGCAGCAUGGAAGGCAUCACGAUAAUGAUGACGAGCAUCAUCAUGGUAUGAAGGGGCUGUCAUCAUACCAAUCUGAUCUAAGUAAUGUGGAAGAAGGGGAGUUGUCGGCACUUGAUGACAUUGGCCCAGGACUUCAUUCACCCAAGUCAAACAGCCGCAAGAGAAAAGCAGUGAGCUCACCCGAUAGAGUUGUGGAGGGGAGACAAUGGCACAAUUAUGGCCAUGGUUCUCAUCAUCAUAAUCGUUUUGAUUAUAUGGAUGACCGAAACAAAGUCGGCCGGCUGGGUCAUACCGAGAGGGAUGGCAAAAGGCACAUACAAGAGAACCAUGUUUGAUAAUGUGUCUGCAGAUGCGGGGUAUGUGUCACUUGUAAUUUUGAAAUAUAUCUGGAUGUAUACCUUAGCAAAGAUCUUGGAAAGCUCUCAAUUCUGUUCUGAUGCAGAUGCAGACCCUGAGUUGAUGUUUAUUCCCCUGGUCUAAGAAAUCUCUAGAUUGAAGGUAACUCUGGUAUCCCUUCUUCAACUUGGUGGGUUGGACCAACAUUUGUAUUAAUUUUUGCCCCCUUCAAUUAAUGGGCUUUAGUUUGGCCAAAAUAUUUAAUGGGCUUAUAGGAUAAACGGUAUUAUAUGAAGCGAGGUAUAUCUGGAUUGAAGAUGGACAUGCAAUGGAACGUCCAUUUUUCACAUAUCAUUAUCCAUGUUUAUUCUGAUUGCCCCUCCGAGAUUAUAGGCAUUCUGAUAUAAAUCAAAUCGAGUGAUUAGAAGAUGGAAAGAGCUUUUCUGGUGCUGUACUAAUUCUAAUCUCAUGGAUGAAUAUUAUUCAUGAUCUAAGCAAUUUCCCAUUGUGGUUAGGUUGCAGAGGAUGAAUUAUCCGGUGAUCCUAAACUGGAUAUUUAUUUCAAACUGGGACCAUUGUUGAACCUCCGUGAUGAAGCUAGUGAAAUAAAUGAUUUACAGCUUUCCAAGUAGUGAGAUUUGAACAUCCAUCUUUCUUAUGGAUUUUUCUUAAUGCCAUUGUACGAUUCUGGAAUUGAUGUAAAAUGUUCAUGAACGCUUAAAUGCAACCGGGGUCGCAGAAAUUGCUGUAGGGACACAGUUACCCAGUGCUACAUUUUUGCUAAGUAUUAUAUUGAAGUUCCCAAGCCCUAUGAAAAAUUUCAAA